AUGCCGUCAUCGAUGGGCUCUGCCACUCCUACUGUGUCUCUUGAGCUUACGGAUGCUGAAUGGAUAGAGAUGUUCGGAUCUCCACCUGCUUUCCUAGCGCAGGGUGAUCCCCAAGAUUUGACGCGAUUCAUCGCAGUAGCGCGCACCCAGAUUCAACCCGCCACGCUGGGCAGUUUCACGAGAGAUGCUGCAGGAAAUCGUCCUGAUCAUUCCCUAUUCUUCCCUGGAGCACCCCAAGACCUUUGUCUCGCAGGCGAGACUGCACAUAAGGAUGUGUUGGGGAAGAGUGAUUUGAUGACACGCAUAUUGCGAGUGGAGGAAAAUGCAAGGCCUUUGACGGUAAUCCCUGCCGAUAUCUCCCUCCAACCGCGCGCCUGGGCGCCUAGACGCCAAAGCACCUAUCAUCCAUAUGAUAGACAGCCUGUGGAUUUGGAGUACGCUGACUAUUCUGCGAUGUUGGCACGCCGGAGCUCUUGUAAGAGACCUUUAGAAGAAUCAAAUAGGAACGAAGGUCGGAAGAUCAAACCGUUCCGAAAAUCGAAGACCUAAUCCGAGGAAGACCCGUGCACGUUAAAUUACGCUUUUCUCCAUCCCUUUCCCCGCUCAUAUUUCCCCUGUGCAACCUACUUCGUCAGCAUGUCUAGUAUUUCCAGUCUCAUACUUGUACGC